AUGUCUCCACCUCGGAAGCGCAGACGUUACGUAACUGAAUUGCAAAGUGAGGCACAGGAUGAAAUGGAUACACUGGAGGCCCCGGAUGAUUCUUCAUCUUCUACCUGCUCUUCCUCUUUCCCAUCUUCUUUCUCCUCCUCCUCUUGCUAUAAUGAAGUCUGGGGCACUCCAGAGGAAAGUUUGUCUGCUGGUAUGACAUCAAAUACUUCCCAGAGCUCUGAGAAGUCUUUCCAGUCCUGUGCCAUGGACUGUACUCCAGGUAGCUCAUCUUGUCUGCCCAUUUCCCAGCAAAUUGAAGAAGGUUCAGGUAGCUCACAGGCCAUGGCUUGUGCUGUUCCCUCACUCAGCAGUGAUAUAGAUUUGAAAAUAAAUGAGUUGGUGAAGCACCUACUCUUUAAGUAUGCAAUGAAGGAUCCAACUACCAAAGCAGAAAUGACUACUGUCAUUGGAAAAUAUGAGGUCUUCUAUCACGUAAUCUUUAGUAAAGCUUCUGAGUGCAUGCUGCUUGGCUUUGGCAUUGACAUGCAGCAAAUGGAGCCUUUUGGCAACUCCUAUAGGCUUGUCCCUGCCCUGGACCUCACAUAUGAUGGGUUUCUGAGUGAUGUCCAGGGCAUGCCUAAAACAGGCCUUCUGAUAAUGGUCCUGUGCAUAAUCUUCCUAAAUGGCAGCCAUGCUAGUGAGGAACUCCUCUGGAGGGUGUUGGGUAAUAUAGGGGUGUAUGCUGACAAGCGCCACGAAUAUUAUGGUGAUCCUAGGAGACUGAUCACUGAAGAGUUUGUGCAGGAAGGGUACGUGGAGUACCAGUGGGUGCCCUUCCCUGAUCCUGCUCACUAUGAGUUCUUGUGGGGCCCCAGGGCACAUGCUGAAGUCCGCAAAAUGAAAGCCCUAGAGUUUUUGACCAAUUUAAAUGGAAGUCACCCAACAUCCUACCCCAGGUUGUAUGCAGAGGCUUUGAAAGAUGAGGAAGAGAGGGCUCAGGGCAAUGUUUCCCCAUCAGAUGAAGGUUCUGACAUGCCAAGUGGAAGUUCUAGUGCGCUGGCAGCCUCCAGUGAGGAUUAG